AUGCCACGACACUCAACCGGUACUAUCAGACCAUCUUCUUCAACACAACACCUAUUGUCAAGUCCCACAGCUGAAGUCUAUUGUCAUACCUCCACUGCACCCUCUCAUACAUUGCGCGCAUCCUCUCAUAUCCCGCGCACCCUCUUGUACAUCCGGCACACCCUCUUGCACCUCUCAGACCUCCACCCUCUCAUACAUCGCACGCACCCUCUCGUACAUCCUGCGCACCCCUCUCAUGGCUCCAAUCCACCCUCUCGUACAUCCAGUGCACGCUCUCAUGAUCCGUCAAUCCUCGUUCAGGCAAGAGCCAUGCUGAUCCGAGUCGUUGCCCACCGUUUGCAGACUUUUGCGAUGUUCCCAAUGCGACGGACACCAUGCGCGAAUGCCCAGCGCGCGCCAGCAAAUUUGCCCGUGCCUCCACUCCUCCUUCUUGUGCCAUCCACAUAUGUUCGAGUCACGUCAGCAUUCACUGACGUGUGCUGGACAUAUGUGCUAAGCACUGGCGGUGAUACCUAUGGUACCCACGGAGCGGGUACAGGUUUUUGCCGGGUGCGGGUGCGGGUAUGGCCUCCAAUACCCGGGGGUUUACCCAUGCAGUUCCCUAUCGACAAGCGGCGCAAUGAUGAUGAGUCCAAUCCCUCAUUUCGUGUCACUCUCGAGCAGUACAUAGCAUCUCCGCAUGCAGCUACUGUCAGGAAUGAUGUGAGUGCUGCCGUCCAGGCAUAUGAGGAAGUUGUGGCUACUACCACCCACGCAUGUGAAGAAGCUGUGAGGACUGCUGUCUAUCUAUAUCAAGGAGAUCUGCCUGCUUGA